AGUCAAAAAAUAUAUUUCACCUUUUACGACUUGUCUAAUUUGACAUUUUCAGUAAAUUCCCAAAUUGAGUUGAAUAAAAAGUGCUUAUUCUAUAAAUUUUUGUCAGUGUUUGGAAGGAAAUAAAUUUUGUAAAAAAAUUUGGUAAAUUAUUCCAAUUCCAUAGAUUUACAGAAAAAGAAACAUUUGUGGCUUAUCUUCCACCAAUUGUGAUUCUGGCGCUCAUAAGUUGUUCGCGAUGCCGAAAACUAGAGGAUGUGUGCUGAAAUGCUCAAAUUUCACUCACACAUAUGGAUUUCCAAAGGAUGAGAUUGGAAAAAGUGUAUGGCUAAAGCAAUUAGGAUUGCAAGCUGCCAACAAAUCAGCAGGUGUUUGUGAUCGUCAUUUCUCAUCACAAAUGUUAGCACCAGGUAUUGGUUACAAGUUAACACAAUGGGCUAUUCCUGAUAUCAAUUUACCCGAACCAGUAUUCGAUGACGAAGAAGAUGAUUACUCCGACGAAUAUUAUUUAGAAGAAGGAAAAAAUGAAAUAAACGAAUCCAUAUUGAAUGGAUAUUCUAAAAUUGAUAAAUUGAAUCAAGAAAAAAUAAACAACGAUGUUUCAAAAGCACCAGUUAAAGAAAAUCAUCAUUUGAAUGAAUCUGGAUUGCAAAAUGAUCCACUUGAUUUUGAAGACAUGAUAGACUCACAACAACAAAAUAAUAAUAACAACCAUAAAGCAAUGUCAGUUGAUUAUGGAGAGUAUGAAGAAGUUUUUGAAGAUGAAGAAGUGGAAACUUUGGAUGAUGAAAAUCUCUCAAACAGAGAUGUUGUUUCUGAUGAAGAUACUAUUUCAGCUCCGCAAGAACCGGUGGAGAUCAAUAGUAAAUUCAAGCGAAAACUUAUUGCAUGCGUAAGAAGACGUCGUAUAUUGUAUGAUCCAGCUCAUCCGUGCUUCGGAAAUGUUGACAAAAAAUCCAGAGCCUGGGAUAGAAUAGGAAACAUUGUAAAAAUGGAUGGUGCUGCAUGUCGAGAAUUGUGGCUUAAUUUGCGGUAUAACUACCAAAAUCAUGCUCGAAGUCUUCGCCGCUGGCUAGCAGGUGAAAGUAAUCAACGUGAAAGACCACGACUUCAAUUUGAAAACGAUCUAAUAUUUCUAUGGCGGUUUAUAGAUGACGAAAGCACUUGUGAUGAUAAUGAUGAAACGCUUUUUGAAUCUCCAAAACUCAUAUGCCAUAAAAUAGAAAACGUUAUAAAAAUUGAUAAACCACUUGACGAUGAAGAGGAAAAAUCUAAAAAUUUUGUUGGCAAUCUGAUCGAUGCUGUUCAGUGUUAUUCGGAAAUAUACGAUACGAAUCAUGCCAACUAUGGUGAUGCAAAGAGAAGAAGUGUUAUUUGGGAGGGCAUAGCAAAUGAACUUAAAGAAAAAGCAACAAAAUGUUUGUUCUCUUGGAUACAAAUCGUUAUGCGUUAUGAAUUCGAAUUGACCAAAAACAAACAUUCGUAUCUUGUGGUAAAGAUGAAAUUCAUGGAAAAACAUAUUAUCGUGAAUGAAAAAUCUCCUUUUAAAAGAUCAACAACGCUCACAGAUGAAUGGAUGGAUCCUCUUUAUUCAUGUGAGGAACAGCAUUUGCUAAUUGCAGCAAUGAUAUCCAAUAAAAAGACACGACCAUACUUUGCGAACAUAGACUGUCCAUUUGCAACACUUGACCUCCUCAAAAUUACACAAUGGAAUGCAAUAGCGAAAGCAAGAAGUAUAAAAGCUACACAGUGUGAGGUAACGUGGAUCAUUGUUCAGAUAAUGUAUUGUGAACUUGCCGACUAUCGUCGUAAAGAUUGUUGUUUGCGCGAAGAAUGGGAGUUAGAAAGUAUAAUUACAAAUUUACGAGACACUAUAGUCAAAAACAGCAAACCAAAAAUAACAGAAGAGUCUAUACUGAAGCCGCAGCUGCCUGAUACAAAUAAAUCUAAUGAUUUUACGAGUACUUGUGAUGAAUCAAAUGAUAUCGAAAUGUUACCAGAUAAUGAUGAUAUACAACUUUCAUUCCCGCCUCCAUCUUCAAUGCCACCACCACCACCACCUCCACUUCCACAACCAGCACCAAUAAAGCUUAAAAAUGAAAUCACAUUCAAAAUUCCUGGAAUAAAUCCAGGUGAUGAAGAAAUAUUGGUGCGGUAUGAAUUGGAUAUACCUUUGUCGGAGUUACCCGAAACUAGUGUCGUUGAUGUUGGUUCUGUGUUGGAGAAUGCGCAUAUUGUUAUAUUAAGUCAUUUCAAAUCGGAACCUAAAGCACAUUUAUUUACGUUGGAAAAGCGACGGGAACUUAUUGGUGAAGUAAUGGCCAGACCUAUAAUAUUCAAUGAACCUUGCAAAACAUCAAGGAUAACAAGAUUGUUUAUGGGUGAAAUUGCUAGUGAUAUAGGAGUGCCAGCUGGACAAAAUCGUCCUAAGGUAUGGCAAGAAAAACUUAAGGUACUUAAAAAACAAGACCAUCUCGAAAGUAUGUGGACUGAUGUUGCAGUCAAACGUAAUUUUCCAGUUGAAGCCUGUUUGGCAUUCUGGGAAUAUAUUGUGGAAAAAUCAUACUUUGUUGAUUAUGAUCCAUCUUGGAAGAAAUCUGAAGAAUCAAAAUGGAUCCCAGCUCCAUAUCCAAUAUUUGAAAAAUUCCAAAAAUAUGCUGAAUCAAAAAAUUGGAAUGAGUACAUUCCUGUUCUAUCAGAUUUUAUGCAAGAAAUUGGAAACUUUCCUCUCAUAUAUUCCGAUCUGAAAAUCAAUUCAACUUGGAAUCGAAGGCAAUGUUAUGUCAGAGAUAUAUCUGAAGUUUGGGCAAUAUUAGCUAGGAAAUUUGUUGUGCUAGAAAACCACAAGUUAAUAUGGGAUAAGUUUAGGCAAAUAUAUCUCCUUUAUAUGUCUGAAAUUGAAUUGAGCAUGUACAAUCCUUGGCCACCAUUCUGGGCACCGGUGUUUGAAAAAAUGAAAUAUCUUUUUGAGUACAAAUAUAAUCCAAAGGAUCCAAUCUACUAUGUUCUUCGGGUGAAAAUCGACGAAGAAAUGAGAUUGUGUAAUCAAAAUGCAAAGCCAACUAUGAGAAAGCUUGAUGCGGUCAAUAAUGCAAAGGUGAUCUUUCAAUUACUUAAAGAAAACGAGUACCUGGAAGAUUUUACAUGGGUCAAUCGAGCUCGUUUCAUAUCUAAAUUGAAAUCGUUUCCAAUGCUUUAUGACAUCAACCAUGCGCAAUUUGGUAACAAAGAAGCUAAAAUGGAUGCAUGGCAAGAGAUGGCUCUAUUAUUCCAUUGCACUGUGGGCGAAUGUCAUUUGAUCUUUCAACAUCUAAUGAAAAGUUUUCUUAUCUUUCGGGCGAGGGAUCCGAAUCAGAUGUGUCGAGUUAAUGCUAAAUAUUGGGAAAAUAUGACUUACAUCUAUUCCUGUGCGCUACCAAAUGCAAUCGAUCCUAAAUCAAUUAGAGGUCGUUCGUUUAGGUCUUCUUCAAAUGGCAGUACAAUUAAACUAGCCGAAGAAUAUCAAGCAGAAAUCUCUUUGGUCGAUGCCAAACCAAGGUUGAUACUGAAAAAUUUCGCCUCAGCUAUCAAUUCGCUGCCAACGCAACUUCAAACUUCUGUGACACAACAUUUAAGAUAUGUUUUUUCGGAAUAUACCCGAAUUCAAAAUGAAGAAAUCGUUGUGGAUGUGUAAUAUUUAAAAGAUUUUAUCUUGUUUUUGUAUAAAAAUAAAAUUAACAUUAGAUUAAACUUAUUGUGAACAAUUAAGGUGAAUCUGUAUAUGUGAAUAUUUUUUUUCAAACCGUAAUAUACGGUAUGAUAUUAAAAAAAAACAGACAAUUUUAAAAUAAAUCUUUUAUUUUUUUAAAUGUUUUCAACUGUAUGUAUGUUUAAAUUUAUAGGUACAAAUAGAGAAAAAUAUGUAAAUCAAUUUGAAGAAAACUUUGUUAUUUGGCCAACAAA